AUGCAAUUGCCAAAUUGUGACAAGCGUGUAUCAAAACACAUCAGGGGCUGGGACGUGAGGAUUCACAAGAAUGGGAUGAAAGUGUGGCUGUCAGGGAUUAGAGAUAUACCUUUGAGGUGGCCCCAUCUUUACUGUACUUUCACUUCAAAUAUAUAUACUGGCGCCCGGUACUGGUACAGACAGCUGUGUCUAGCCUUUGGUUCUCUCAAUAGAAGCCCUUGGGACUGUAAGACCGUCUUGUAUUCUCAUGUUCGAUUGGAUAAUGUGCAUAUCGUACUACAUUCAAGAGAACAAGUUUACACAAAGAUAGGAUUAUCUUGGGAUGAUUUUCAGGCACAAGUAACUAUGGAUUAA